CCAGUCCCUCGGGUCUUGGGCUUAACAUCCCAGUGCCAGCCCUUGCUGGCUGUGGUCAGUGGGAUGAUCCUUGGGGGCCUCAGGAAGGGGGACAUCUUUACGUGGUCCCAGAAUCAGUGGUAGGUGCAGGCUGCUCAGAGCUGCCCAUCGCCUGGGAGUUUAGGAAGCAAGCUAUAGCCUGAUUCCCUACUCUGUAAAGGGAAACAAGGUGGGCUCAGGUGGUUCUUCGGGCCAAGAGAUGCAGAGAAGCCACUGCGGUGCUGAACCUUCCCAUCUCCUCCCUUACAGCCCCUGCUGUGCUGUGCUGGCUGCCCUAGGGGGUGAGGAUGUCCAAGCAGGACUUGAAGGUGCCCUUUACCAGGUCAUGCCACCUGUGCCACAAAGAGCUGAACAGAAUUUCCUCUGACACAAAAGUCUUCUGCAAUUUGUGCACAGCCAGGUUACAGACAGAGCAAAAUUCUGAGGAAAGGCUGAGGAUUUUGAAGGAGUAUAGAGAUGCGAUGGAGGUAGAGUCCAGCACGUACACAGACUUCAUUUCCUGCGACAGAGCUGGCCGGAGGAAUGCUGUCCAUGACAUCCAGCGGGAUGCAAACACCAUCAGCAUGCGCAAGCUGACCAAGGACAUUGGCGAGCUCGCUGUCGAAGGGGCAGAGAGUGAAGAAGCCAGCACCUCUUCUGAGUGCAACCCCGGAGCAAGACCAAAGGAGGAAGAAAGCAAACCCUCCCCAUGACAGUGCACAGGGGGUGGGAUGGGGCAGCAGGAGGGGCUUGCUGUGAAUGUUAAGCAAGAAUUUGCUAUUGAAUCUGUGGACAAAAGCCAACCAGGACCAGCAAGAUGUCUGUCACAUGCCUCUGCUGCAACCAAUUUGUUUCAAGAACCGCAAGAUGCUGCACAAGGACUGGCACCUCUGAAAGACUUCUGCUCCCAUCCCUGAUGACUUAGAGCAACACUGCAGCGUUUGUAGUGAUAUGAGCCAUUCUCAAGAUGCCUUAGCUGCAAUUUUCCCCUAUGGGAAAAAACUAUUUCAGUAAUAAUACAAAGAUCAGACUUUCCUGUCCAAGGUACCUUCCCACUUUGCAAAUUUAAGACUAUUAUUUAUUCUGUUUCCAUAGGUUAGAAGUUUAGACAAUUGUUUUCUCCAUGCACUGCCCUCAUCCUGCAUCUCACCCCUGAGCUGGCCUCCGGACCAGGGCGGGCAGCAGCAGGGACCAGCUGGCCCCAUGCAGCCCCGGGAAGGACCAAAGCACAGCCCCAAGUGGACGAGCUCCAUUGACAGACCCAGCAGCAUCAGCCGCAGGCAUCUUUUCCUUUGGGUUUUAGUGUUUUAAGGUAUUGUUAAGGGGAGGGGAGAAACAUUUUGCUGUUUUGACUGUUGAAAUUCAGGCUUAACUUUGCAAGCUGUUAGCUGAGAUUAUCUCUGGUAGGAUCUCACACCGUUCUUUUAGGAGAUACGUUUUGUGUUAAAGAUGGUUUGAUAAAACUAUAUAUGCUGUUGGAAUAAACAACACAGCCUUCAAGUACUGAA